UCGCAAUACAUAUCCUUAUCGCAGAAUCACAGAAUGUCAGGAAGAAAACUUUAAAAAUUAAGAAGGAGAAGAAAUCUAAUUUGGGUCGUAUUGGGUUGCGAGAAAGGAUCAGACGACUUGCGAGAGCCCAAAGAAAGAGAUCGACGGGAGUUCCACUUGGAGAUAUUAGCGCAAGCUCGUUGAUUCUUCUCGCCAGUUUCGUUUCGUUUCUUUUUUCUGUAGAUCUGAAUCGCCUAAAUCGAGGCGAAAAGUUGUUGGUUCAAUUUCGAAGAAUCGAUUCCUGUCGAUCUCCUCAUUCGCUUCUGCCCAUUAUCGCUGAAGACAUAAUUAUACAAAGUUUAAGCUUUUAUUCAGAAAAGAGAGAGACUUUGGCCGUAGUAUGUUUUGAGGUAAUGGGUUUAGGGAGCGAAGAAACUUCUUCUCAACAAAUGGACUUGUCAAUCGCAGGUCUACAUGAGAAGCAUCGUCAUGAAUUGGAUAAUUUAUCUCUAAUGACGCAGCCCUUCAAAACAUUCAAGUUUUUUGUUCUGGCUGUUGCUCAAUAUCUGAAGCGCUCAAUAUUAUAUCUUUUGGGAAAGGGUGGCUGGCUUCUGCUUUUAGGUACUGUGGCAGUGGCCCUUGGAGUUCUGCUUAUAACCGUUGAUGGUCCUCAUGAGAAGCAUGUUGAGGAACUUUCUCAUUACUUACGUUUUGGACUUUGGUGGGUUGCCCUUGGCGUUGCAUCUUCAAUUGGUCUUGGAUCUGGUUUGCACACUUUCGUCCUGUAUCUCGGUCCUCAUAUUGCCCUGUUUACUAUAAAAGCAAUGCAAUGUGGUCGAGUUGAUCUAAAAAGUGCUCCAUACGACACAAUACAGUUGAAGAGGGGUCCAUCAUGGCUUGAUAAAGAUUGUGAUGCGUUUGGGCCCCCAUUGUUUACAUCAUCACACGGGACACAGGUUCCUCUCAGUAGCAUAUUGCCUCAGAUUCAGAUUGAGGCUAUCCUUUGGGGUCUUGGGACUGCUCUUGGGGAACUUCCUCCUUAUUUUAUCUCAAGGGCAGCACGGCUCUCUGGUAGCAAAGUGGAUGCCAUGGAAGAACUGGAUGAUCCCUCAAGUGAAGAUAAUGGAGUCAUAGCCACUCACCUAAAACAAAUUAAGCGGUGGCUCCUAUCACACUCACAACAUAUGAACUUCUUCACAAUCUUAGUACUUGCUUCGGUGCCAAAUCCUCUGUUUGAUCUUGCUGGCAUCAUGUGUGGACAAUUCGGGAUUCCCUUUUGGAAGUUUUUCCUUGCGACAUCUAUCGGAAAGGCGAUUAUCAAAACUCACAUACAGACGGUUUUCAUCAUCUCUGUUUGUAAUAAUCAACUUCUUGACUUGAUAGAGAAUGAGUUGAUCUGGGUCCUAGGGUUUAUACCUGGUUUUUCUACUGUAUUGCCUGACCUCACAGUUAAACUCCAUGCAGUCAGAGAUAAGUAUUUAACUACAACAGCUCCUGUGGCCUCAAAUAUCAAGAAGGUGAAGAAGUGGGAUUUCUCAUUUUCUGCAAUCUGGAACACUGUAGUAUGGCUCAUGCUUAUGAACUUCUUUGUAAAGAUUGUUAAUGACACUGCUCAGAGGUAUCUGAAAAAGCAGCAGGAGAGCGAGCUAGCUGCUGCACUAACAACAAGCCAGUCGUCGGCUUCAACACAUUCAGAUUAGGAUUCUGACUAAUAAAUAGGUGUUUUUAUAUCCCUUACAUUUCUUGUUAUAAGUAAACGCAAGUGAAAUUGGCACCUCUAUCCUAAGAUGAUACCGACGAAUCCUCAGCAUAAAAGUCCCUCAUAGAAUUCUGUAUAGAAAUAGGAACACCAUGGGUAAACAGCAAUUCUGGGAGCAUUUUUUUUGGGUGGUUUUAUGCCCUAUGGUUAAGCAUUGUUUAAAUUAUUAGGGAACUGGAACCUUUGACUAUUCUUUUGCAAAUGCAAUGCAAGGAUUACGUUUAUCUA